AUGGCCUCUCAGAUGGUGUGCGGGCUGAUCUUUAGGCUGCUGCUGCCCAUUUGUCUCGCAACUGCUUGCCUAUUCAGGUACAAUGUCCUCUCCUUCGUCUACCUCAUCUAUCUCCUGCUUCUUCCGCUCUUCCCAGAGCCAACAAGCACAACAAUGCAAGGCCACACAGGGCGUCUGCUGCAGUCCCUCUGCUUCACCAGUAUGUCCUUCCUGCUGCUGCACAUCAUCUAUCAGAUUACCGUCAACAGCCUCCUGGCCGGGAAGUCCAUCUCCUCCGACUUCAACUGUUCGUCGUGGGAGAGUUCAAUACGACAGAUUGGCUUCGAGAGUGUUAUUGGUGCAGAUGCAGGGAACGGCAUCCGAGUGUUCAUCCCUGACAUCGGCAUGUUCCUGGUCGGGCUGGCCAUCUGGCUGCUGUGUCGCAGCCUGGUCCAGAAGAGGCCGCCUGAGGAAAUGGGCCAGUACAACGCAGACUUCGACGCCGAGGAACAAGAGGACGAGGAGAAGCCGACCCUGUUUGACGACGACGUUCUGCUGGAGGAGGACCUGGACGCUGGGUACGAGGCUGAGGAGGACGAGGAGAACGAGGAGCUGUUUGACGAAGAGGAGGACGAGGAGGAGGAAGAGGAGGAAGAGGAAGAGGCCAAAGAGAGCACUAAGAGGAAGAUCCUGCGGAUAGUGGCGGAAGUGGCUUCCAAAGUGAAGGAGAUCAUCGGGAACCUGAUCACCACUGCGGGGAAAGUGGUGGUCACCAUCCUGCUGGGCAUGACAGGGAUCAUGCUGCCCUCGCUGACCUCUUUUGUUUACUUCUCCAUCUUCCUGUUCCUGUGCACCUGGUGGUCCCUCUGCCGGACCUUCAACACCCUCAUCUUCAGCUGCAUGUGCGUCCUGAUGGCCAUCUUCAGCGCCGGACACCUCGUGGUGCUCUACCUUUACCAGUUCCAGUUCUUCCAGGAGUCCAUCUCGCCAAAGGACGGCUACAUCAGCGUCUUUGGCAUCUCCCCCAUCGUCCAAACCAACUGCUCCUACACGUGGAAGCUCAUUGUGCACCCGGAUCGUCGGUGGUACCACUUUGUCAAUCCCAUCAUGAUCCUGAUCCUCUAUUACACCCUGGCCACACUCAUCCGCCUCUGGCUGCAGGAGCCCAUCGACCAACUCAUGGACGAUAAGGACGAAGAUAUGUGCGACGACGAGGACCAGAGCGGAAACAGACUGAGUAACUCAGCCAACAAGAAGAGGCAGCUGUGGUGGGAGUCUCGCCAGGGCACGGAUGAGAAAAAUCUUCUCUCCACCCAAGAUGGCAUCAGUACAACUGAGGUUGUACCCACCUCAAACGGCACGUCUUUUGACUUUGUCACGACUGAGAAUGGACCGAUUUCUCUGGAUCUGUAUUCAACCCCCCAGUAUAAGCUGGACAAGCUCAGUGAUUGUACAGAGAAGAAAGAAGAGUCUGUGUAUGAAGUGAGUUUGCCACCAGAGGAUUCAGCACUGAAGGAAUCAGAGGAGGAAGAGAAUGACAUUAAGAAAAAAGGAGUCGGUGCAAUGGUUAAAUUCUUCCAUUUCAUAAUGAAACAGAGUUACAUCUGUGCUCUCAUAGCAAUGAUGGCAUGGAGCAUCACAUAUGUCAGCUGGCUGACGUUCGUCUUCCUCAUGUGGUCCUGCGUGCUGUGGAUGGUGAGGGACCGGAGGCGUUACGCCAUGGUGUCGUCUCCCUUCAUGGUGGCCUACGGCAAUCUGGUGAUAGUGCUUCAGUACAUUUGGAGCUUUGAGAACAUGGAACCAGUCCCAGGGUUCUUUGUCAGGAAGAAUAACCCGUUCCAUUCGCUUUCAUCCAAGAUGAUGUGUCUGGUCACGUUCUGGUUACUGCUGAGACAAACGCUUACCGAGAGACAAGAGAAACAAAAAGAAGACAGCGCAGGUCUCUCAGAUGUCUUUGUGGAUGAACAGAAGAAGAAGGAGGAGGAGGAACCGGAGGAGGGAGGGGAGCAGGACCUCAUGCAUGUGCUCGGCAGCUUGGUGAUGGGUGUUCUGGUGAAAUACUGGAUCUACAUCUGUGGCGGGAUGUUUUUCAUCGUCAGCUUUGAAGGGACCAUUGUCAUGUACAAGAUCCUCUACAUGAUGAUGUUUCUCUCCUGCGUGGCCCUCUACCAGGUGCACUAUGAGUGGUGGAGAAGGAUCCUGAAGUACUUCUGGAUGACUGUGGUGAUGUACACCAUGCUGGUCCUCACCAUCGUCUACACCUUCCAGUUUGACGGCUCUGAAAGGUUCUGGAAAGGAGCGCUGAACGUCACGGAUGACAAAUUAAAGGACUUGGGUCUGGAGCGGUUUUCGGUAUCCAUGCUGUUCACCAGGAUUUUUAUUCCCACCUCCUUCCUGUUGGUGUGUAUUCUCCAUCUGCACUAUUUCCACGAACCCUUCCUCCAGCUCACAGACCUCCAGGCCGUCAUAGCCAAAGAAGAAAGCACCAUCUACAGCCACGGUAAAGUCAAAGAACGUGUCGAUUUGAUCAUAAAUAGCAUCAAAGAAAAAAUUCCUUCUCAACAGAGCAAACUGGCGGAGCCCGCGGCGAGCCUGGAAGACCUCACCAUGCUCAGUGCGAGCUCGGUGGAGGCUGCCCUGCCCAAAGACAAGGAGGAGGAGGAGGAGCAGCAGAGCUGGAGCUCAGAUAACAUGAAGGAGCAGGCGCUAGUGGUGGUGACGGACAUCGACAGCAACAUGAGUGAUGAGAAACCCAAAAGACUGUCCGACCAGCACCAGUCCAGCACGGAGGAGAGCCAGCGCUGCAGCGCCGCAACAGAGCCGGAGCCGAGCACGGAGCAGAGCUCAGAUCUGAAGAAUAAAUGGCAUCUGGUGGUCGACCGGCUCACUGUGCUCUUCCUCAAGUUCCUGGAGUAUUUCCACCAACUGCAGCUGUUCAUCUGGUGGCUGCUGGAGAUCCACAUCAUCAAGAUUGUGUCGUGCUACGUUGUCGUUGUGGUCUGCCUCUAUGAGGUGUCUCUGCUCAACUACGUGUUCCUGGCAUCGUGGGCCUUUGCGCUGCCCUACAACCAGUAUCGACCCCUUGCCUCUAGUAUUUGCACCGUCUGGACGUGUGUCAUCAUCGUGUGUAAAAUGUUGUACCAGCUGAACACUGUAGAGCCCCAGAAAUACAACUGCAGUAUACCAGAUGCCUACACAAAGGAUGGACAUGAUUUCGGUAACUGGGUGGGCCUGGAGAAAGAUGCAGACCUGCUGGGAUACCUCAGGGACAACUUCUUGAUGUUGGCACUAUUGGCUUUCGAGGUGACCAUUUAUCGGCAUCAGCUGUACUUCAGAUUGAGGAACAAACUAUCGCCUCCAGCAGCCAGAAUCAUCUUCCAUGACACCACGCGUCAGCACCUCGACAUCGGCAUCGUCAGCUUUGUUAAAUACUUUGUCAACUACUUCUUCUACAAGUUUGGACUUGAGACGUGCCUGCUGCUGGUGGUGAACAUCAUUGGCCAGCGUAUGGACUUCUACGCCAUGCUCCAUGCUUUUGCCCUCAUAGCGGUAAUGCAAAGACGACGGAGAAAAGCCAUCGCUGAGAUCUGGUCAAAGUACUGCUUCUUCCUUGCGAGCAUGCUGACUUUCCAGUACUUUAUCUGCAUCGGGAUCCCGGCUGCAGCCUGUAAAGACUAUCCCUGGAGGUUUCCAAACUCGACAACACACUCCAAUGUCAUCAAGUGGCUCUAUAUCCCAGAUUUCCAAAUGAAGCCAAAUCCAUUUUUCCUCAUCUACGACUUCAUGCUGCUGCUCUGCGCCUCUCUCCAGAGGCAGGUCUUUGACGACGAAAACAAGGCGGCGGUGCGCAUCAUGGCCGGGGACAACGUGGAGAUCUGCAGAGACCUGGACGCAGCCUCCUUCAGCGUCCACAACCCCGUCCCCGACUUCAUCCACUGCAGGUCGUACCUGGACAUGCUAAAGGUCAUCAUGUUCAGCUACCUGUUCUGGUUCGUCCUCACCAUCAUCUUCAUCACCGGGACCACGCGGAUCAGCGUCUUUUGUAUGGGUUACCUUGUAGCCUGCUUCUACUUCCUGCUGUUUGGUGGUGACCUGCUGCUGAAGCCAAUCAAGAAGAUCCUCCACUACUGGGACUUUCUGAUUGCCUAUAACAUCUUUGUAAUCACAAUGAAGAACAUUUUGUCGAUCCUGGCUUGUGGCUACAUCAACACUCUGAUAGACAACCACUGCUGGUUAAUCCAGUUGUUCAGUCUGGCGUGCACCAUCAAAGGUUACGAAUUAAACACCAAAACGACCAACCUGGCCAGCGGAGACUUCUGUGAGCUGCCCAAAGACGAGGCAGGGAUAAUUUGGGACAGCAUCUGCUUCGCCUUCCUGCUGCUGCAGAGACGGGUCUUCAUGAGCUACUACUUCCUGCAUGUGGUGGCAGAUAUCAGAGCGUCGCAGGUCCUCGCGUCCAGAGGAGCGGAGCUUUUCCAGGCCACCAUAGUGAAGGCGGUGAAAGCCCGGCUGGAGGAGGAGAGCAAAUCAGUGGAGCAGCUGAAGAGACAGAUGGACCGCAUUAAGGUGAGGCAGCAAAAGUUUAAGAGGGGCAAGGAGAAGCUGCUGAGCCUGGCGCAGGAGUCUGCCGACGGACAGACGGCCGUCCGGCCCGAGGAGGAAGAUGACGAUGAUGGAGCACAGCGAGCGAAAGCCAAGACCAAAAAAAAGCAGUGGUGGAGGCCGUGGGUUGACCAUGCUUCCAUGGUUAGAAGUGGAGAUUAUUACUUAUUUGAAACUGACAGCGAGGAAGAGGAGGAGGAGGAGGAGAAAAAAGACGAAGAGCCACCAAAGAAGUCGGCUUUUCAGCGAGCGAUUGGAAAGUUUGUCUCAGCUGUUCUGGCUUUGCCUAAGUCUAUCAUUAGGCUGCCUAAAACUGUGUUGCAGUAUGUAGUCAAGGCAGGAAAGUUUCUUUACCAGGCCUGGAUCACUGACCCCAAAGCUGCCCUGAAGGCACGGGCCAAAGAAAAACGCAAGUUUUGGAAGAAAUACACAAAGAGAGUGAGAAACAGGAAAAGCAAGAAAGAUGCAGGUCAUGUUGCAAUAGAGGUGGGGGAGCUGUCUGACGGCCAAGAAAAAGGAGAAGACAACAAGAAGCCUGCUGGUCCAGAUAACAUCGUCAAGCGGGUCUUCAACAUCAUAAAGUUCACCUGGGUGCUCUUCCAGACAACGGUCGAGAGCUUCACCAACUGGAUGAACGACAUGUGCAGGGAGUACAUCGACAUAUCCACGGUGCUUCGUAUUGAGCGCUGCAUGCUGACGCGUGAGGUCAAAAAGGGCAAUGUGCCGUCCAGAGAGAGCAUCCAUGUCUACUACCAGAAGGCCAUGAAGCUGAACAUCUCCAGGCAGGCCAGCAUUGAUCAGCUCAGCGAGGACGGCUCGGUCUCGGGCUCCACAAAGGGUCGGAAGAGACGGCGAGGUUACCCCAUGGAGAGCCAGGACUCCACGGCCUCCAGAGACAGCAUGUCAAGUGCCUUCACGGAGGCCACCACCCUGUUUUCCCGCCAGUCCACUCUGGAAGACAUGGACGCGAUGCCAGAGAACAUUCCCAAAACCAGCCAGCGUCCCAGGCCCAGCCUGCGGAAGAUGUACAGCAUGGACCUGCCCAAUUCGUCCAUGGACAGCGGCAGCAGCUUCAUAUCCAGUGAGCCGACUCAGUGCGUCAUGAUCUACAGUCAGGGCACCACAGACACCAUCGAGGAGGCGGAGGACGAGCAGGAUCAAGGAGAAGACAAGCAGCAGCUGGAAUCCCAACAGCUUGACGGGGAUCAGGAAGCAGAGGAGACGCGGUGUGGGGAGGGAGAACCGCAGGAGGGGGGAGGUGUUGAAGACGAUGAGGAGGAACUGCAGCAGGGGGAAGGGGAGGAAGUUGGGGGAGAGGAGGUAAGAGAGGACCUGGAACAAGAGGGUGCUCCAUCUGAGUCCUUGAGCCCAGAUGAGGGUCCCUCGGCUAGGCUGGACGAAUCAGAAGCCGCCGCCGCCUCCGCUCAGGAGAACGACUCAAUCAGCGGGAGCGAAGAUGGAGGAGGGCGGCAGGACUUCAUGCAGUCAGAGGGUCAGGCCGUCACGCUCUACACCCCCGACACAGAUGCCUCCAAAACGUCGGAUGCCGAAGUGCCUCCAAGCUACAGCAAGGCAGUGAGCUUCGACCGGCUGGAGGUCAGCGACGACGAAAGCGACUCUUACAGGAGGAGGCGGAUGGUCAUGACGUCCGACAGCCGCUCAGACAGCAGGUCGGACAUCAUGCUGCCCUCCAUGACCACCGAGCUGACAGCCAGCGAACUGCUGCUCAACAAGAUGUUCUAUGACGAGGAGCUGGAACAGUCUGACCAUUUCUACCAAACCCAGCCGCUGAUCCUGCAGUUCUGCUACGCCCUCUACAACAUGCUCGUGGCCCACUCGGAGUUCGUUUGCUAUUUGGUCAUCAUCAUCAACCACAUGGUGUCGGCCUCCUUCGUCACCCUGGUCCUUCCCGUCACCAUCUUCCUCUGGGCCAUGCUGUCAGUGCCGCGGCCCAGUAAGCGCUACUGGAUGACCGCCAUCAUUUACACUGAGGUCACCAUUGUCAUCAAGUACUUCUUCCAGUUUGGGUUCUUCCCCUUCAACCAGAACAAGAUAGGCAGGAAUAAACCAUUUCACCCUCCCAACAUCAUUGGUGUAGAGAAAAAAGAUGGAUACGUCCACUAUGACCUGGUCCAGCUGCUGGCUCUGUUCUUCCACAGGUCUAUCCUGAAGUGUCACGGUCUGUGGGACGAGGACGACCCCAAAGAGAGGAAAGAGGCUGCUCGUCAGAGCCGGAGUCAGAGCGAAUCUGAGAACGAGAUGAGGGACAAAGAGGAGAGCGAGAAGGAGUCCGAGCCGGCCUCAUCGCUGAUCAACGAGAGGAGAGGCUCCAAUCACACCUUGAGGUCCAUGACCUUUGGGACCUCCAUUGAUUCGGGACAGGUCCAGGUGCAUUACCCACAGCCUCAGACAUACCAGAGGCGAAAAAGCUCCAGUGGAGGCUCACAUGUUUCCUAUCGAUCUCGGAUUUCUUCUGCAAGAUCUAAGAGAGGAAGUACGGGUUCCCGCAACAGCAGCCGCAAGGACGGCAGUCAGGCCAGCGUCCAACAGAAGACCCGCAAACAGAUGAUCAUCGAGAAGCUGAGGGAGCAGCUCCUCAAAGCGAAAGCUUUCGUCAUAAAGCGGUUUUUGGAGCUCUACCUCCCCAUGAAGCAGUUCUUCUACAACCUGAUCCACCCGGAGUACAGCGCUGUCACAGACGUCUACGUGCUGAUGUUCCUCGCCGACACCGUCGACUUCAUCAUCAUUGUGUUCGGAUUCUGGGCGUUUGGAAAACACUCGACUGCGGACAUUACUUCGUCUCUGUCGGAGGAUCAGGUCCCCGGACCUUUCCUGGUCAUGGUUCUGAUCCAGUUCGGCACCAUGGUGGUGGACCGGGCCCUCUACCUCAGAAAGACCGUCAUGGGGAAGGUCAUCUUCCAGGUCAUCCUGGUCUUUGGGAUCCACUUCUGGAUGUUCUUCAUCCUGCCGGGCAUCACAGAGAAGCGUUUCAGUGAGAACACGGUCGCCCAGAUGUGGUAUUUUGUCAAGUGCAUCUACUUUGGGCUGUCAGCCUAUCAGAUCCGCUGCGGGUAUCCCACACGCGUUCUGGGCAACUUCCUCACCAAGAGCUACAAUUAUGUCAACCUCUUCCUGUUUCAAGGUUUCCGCUUGGUACCGUUUCUGACGGAGCUGCGAGCAGUAAUGGACUGGGUUUGGACCGACACCUCCUUGUCCUUGUCCAGCUGGAUCUGCGUGGAGGACAUAUAUGCUCACAUUUUCAUCCUCAAAUGUUGGAGAGAAUCUGAGAAGAGAUACCCUCAGCCGCGUGGCCAGAAGAAAAAGAAGGUGGUGAAAUACGGGAUGGGAGGAAUGAUUGUGGUUCUGCUCAUCUGUAUCGUCUGGUUCCCGCUUCUCUUUAUGUCGCUGGUUAAAUCUGUGGCUGGGGUCGUCAACGCUCCCCUGGACGUAUCGGUUAAAAUCACCCUGGCUGGCUUUCAGCCCAUCUUCACCAUGAGUGCUCAACAACAACAACUCCACAUUGUGGAAGACAAACAAUUUGAGUACUUUAAGAAAGCAUUUAUAACCACCGACGAGUCCAAAACAAACAUGGCCUUGCAGUGGCUGGAGACCUACUUUGCAGAGGACCUGAUCAUCGCGGAGCUGAAAGGCAGCUCUAACUCUCUGUGGACCAUCAGCCCGCCCAGCAGACUCAACCUGAUAGAGAUGUUGGGAUCCAAUGACAAAGUUUUCCCAAUCACCGUCUCCUGGUCUGUGCAAAGAAACCUCAGUCUUGGUGCCAAAGCUGAAACGGCAUCUGGGAAAAAUGUGAUGUCUCUGGGAAACGACACAAGGCGGGAUCUCAUUAUGCUUCUAAAUGGGACAGCGAGUGACUUUAAAGUGACCAUCCCAAAGUUCAUACCUCGCUACAUUCGAGCCCCCAGUGACUCGGAUGCCACGCCCGUCGAGCAGCUCGGUGAUGACAACAUGUUUGAUAUUUCCCUCACCUUGAAGCGAGCUGACAAUUCCUCUGGACAGAUCCAGGAAUGGUGGAUCGUGAACCAGCUUCAGGCCGGACUCAUAGACACCACCACGGCAAAACAUGAAGUCGGUCUGCAGAUCUAUGUCUUCAGUGACCAAGUCAGCCCACCCAGUCUGGGCUUUCUGGCCGGAUACGGAAUUAUGGGCCUGUACGCCUCCGUUGUUCUGGUCAUCGGCAAGUUUGUGCGCGAGUUCUUCAGCGGCAUCUCCCACACCAUCAUGUUCGAGGAGCUGCCCAACGUGGACCGCAUCCUCAAGCUGUGCACCGACAUCUUCCUGGUCCGAGAGACGGGCGAGCUGGACCUGGAGGAGGACAUGUACGCCAAGCUCAUCUUCCUCUACCGCUCGCCGGAGACAAUGAUCAAGUGGACCCGGGAGAAAACUCAAUGAGAGGGGAGAUUAACGAAUGAAGAUGGCUCAGAGCUGUUCAGGGGGAACUGUGUGAUCACUGCUUGUGCACAAAAAGCAGCUGAGGGCCUAGUGUGAGUCCAGACGGCAGUGGGUCCACACAGAAACCCCCAUUUUCAAAACUGGUACUUUUUACAUGUUAGGGAUGAAGAGCUGCAACAUUGACCGCCUCCUUUUCCGAACGUGGAGGACAAAUUUGUUGCUGCAAAAGUUGUUACUACUGCUCAGUAGGUCGUAAGGUGUAAGACGUGGCUGCAGCAUUACUGUUUUAAGGGCUUUCCACUGACAAGCAUGUGCACAGUGAUGACCAAACGAGCACAAUCUGAGACUCUCUCCACCUGGAACCUUUGGAUCGGGGAGGAAUGUGCAACGUUGAGCUCCCGCCUCUGCAAGGCUUUCAAGGAUGGGAGCACACACACACACACACAAAAAAAAAAAAAAAGCCAUUUGUGACCAAAAACAUUACAUUUCUUUUCGAGAGAGGCUCUCUGAAAUCAAAAGAUUUAAACUACUCUGAGACUUUCCUGCCUUAUGUUGUUUGUAUGAGAAGAACUGAAACUGUUCCGAAUCACACAUCUUUCUCAGGAAGACCUGUUUUCACAGAUACUCGUCGUACGCGUCGUAUAUGUAGGCUUUAACGGAUCUAAAAGAAUGUGAGAUUGUAGAAAAGGUGAAAACUAUUUAAAUGGCAUGAAAUAUAAUUAGACGGACUGAAGUCAAGUUUGUUUACUGCACACAGGGAAGGGGGGGGGGAGGGUUCUUCGUAAAGAAUGACAUUAUUGCCAAUCAACCACAUCCACUCAAUCUGAAUCGUCAUGACUCUUCCUCUCUAUCACCCACGGGCCUCGCUGUCUUUAACACUCAUAAAACACACAGAAAGCUGUGAGGGCCACAGCCAUGCAUCCAGAAGCAGAAAUGCUUCCUCAUAAAAAUAAAAAAUUAAAAAAAAAGGGCUGAGACACGAGCCCUUUGGUCCAAACUAUGCAUUAAAUAACAUUUUAGCAUGAGAGAAAAACCUAACUAUUGCCAUGACUAAUUUUCAAAACAUGUACAUACAGGGGGUCAUGCUGUUGAAAGGGACAGGUCGCUGAGGAAUGAAAUGUGAAAUUGUAGCUGUAUAUUAAGACGAUGUGACAAGAUGUGCAAAUAAAGAUGUCUUAAAAAGG